GACAGAAGCUGCAAAGGACCACCCCUCUCCUUUCCCCUUCCCUGUUCUCUCUCUUCCCUGCCACCUUCUCUCUCAUCUUCUCUCCCAAAGCCCUCCACCCCUUCCUUCCCCUAACAAGGAUCAAAUAUGCCUCCUCCAAGAUCCUGUGUUUAGAUCAAACACCAAAAAGAAGAAGCCACCCAACAGCAACCUUUCUCCCCUUCUUUCUCUUUCUUCUCUUCUCCUCCUCCGCCUCCUUCUUCUCCUCCCAUCCCAUGUGCUGAGAUCCACUCUCUUUAAAGAGCCAGUACUUUCCGCAACUCCCUCUUCUAGGAUGAUCACCCCAUUUCCCUCUUAAUUACUCCUUCCCCAGAAGGAAUCUCUCUCUCUCCAUUCCUUUUUGCCUCUUAUUCUCUCCCCUUCAUGGAUUCCGCUAACAGUGGCAGCAUCCAGUCCUCCAGCGGCGGCGACGAGGAGUACGACUCCCGUGCCGACUCCAUCUCCGCCCUCUUCCAUCCCACCUCCUCCUCGUCCACCGCCGCCGCCGCCACCCUCCCACCUCCCCCCACCUCCUCCUCCUCCUCCGCGUCCCACCACCCCAACGCCUCCUCCUUCUUCGACUCCUUCUCCUUCCUCGACCACUCCCCUCUCCUCCCCCUCGACUCCUCCUCCCCUUGGCCUCCACGCCCUCUCCGGCCCACCCCCACCCCCGACUUCUCCCCUCUCGCCUCCUCCCUUCCCCGCGGUCCACCGGUCGCUCAGUCUUCGGUGCAGCAGGCGCCCGACAAUUCCACGGCCAUCGCCGCACCGCCGCGGAGCUCCAAGAAGCGAUCCCGCGCCUCGCGCCGCGCCCCGACCACCGUCCUCACCACCGACACCUCCAACUUCCGCGCCAUGGUCCAAGAAUUCACCGGCAUCCCCUCCCCUCCCUUCGGCGCCGCCGGCUCCCCCUUCUCCCGCUCCCGCUUCGACCUCUUCCAUUCCUCCUCCCCCUCCUCCUCCUCCCCCUCCUCCCUGCCCCCUCCUUAUCUCCUCCGCCCCUUCCCCCAGAAAGCCCCCACCUUCGUCUCUCCCAACCCUUCAUCAUCUUCUACCACCAUUACUGCUAUCAUCGAUGCCCUCGCUUCGACCACUAAUACCAUGUCCAACGCCAAGGCCAGCACUACCAUUCCCAUAACUAGUGCUCCUACUACUAUUUCCAAUUCUACUCCAACUAAUAAUAACUACCAACUGCCUUCACCGGAUCCUGGACUUGCCAGCCAAAGCCAAUCUCUCUUCAACCUCCAAAGCCAAGGCCCCGUCAUCAACUUCCAAUCCCUCCUCGCUCAGAAGUACACUCUCCCCACCGUGCCACCGCCCUUCGCCACCAGGCCGCAGGCCGUUAUUCCAUCGGCGGAGUUCGGUUCGGCCGAGCUUGGGCUCCCGCCGGGGCUCAUGAUCAGGUCGGAGGGCUUGCAGUCCGGCUGGGCUACUGCGACGGGGCCUGAUGGCGGUGAGCAAGCUCGACUGAGGCCAGUGGUCGGAGGGAACGAUAAUGGCGCGCAGCAAAGGGUGAGCAGCUGCAAGUUCAAAUACUCGGGGCCAGGGUCGUCGGAGUUCAAUGGGGAGAAGGGGUCGGAGGGCGUAGCGGCGCGGGGCGAGGGUCUGAUGGACUCGUGGAUUUGUUCUUCUGAUUAAGAGAUAUAUGUGAACAGAUGUAGGCAAAGAGGAAGGAGGAAAAAGAAAGCUCUUGUUUACUUCUUGGAGCUAUCUAUGGCUAGCAGCAGUUAGUAUACCACCACCUCUCUUCUUUUUAUCUCCUCUUUUUAUUUGUAUGUAAAUAGGGUUCUCUUGUGAGUUCUCUUUAUCAUCAUUAUACAACCUACAACGACUUGUUUGAUAACAGUUUUGGUGGGCUUCCUUGUGUCUUUAUCUUUGUUUGGAAGUGCAUCUCAUUUCCCUUGUUUCUUUGUGGAUGUGAUCUCUUGGGACAUUGUUCUACAAGAGAGACUUCGUGG